UUUAAGGAAACUUCCUUUUCUCAAUUUUAGGAGUAUAAUACGCACAGCGCAUAACAGAAACUCACAGAGGAGUCACUACACCUAUCGACAACAGGUUUUUUAUAUCAUUGCCAUGGAGAACAGUGAAACAACUCUGCCGUAUGACACUGACUAUGAAGAUCAGGUCUGUGACAAGGAACAGGUUGCCAUGUUUGGCUCCAUGGUCACCCCUGCCUUUUACUCUGUGGUCAUCAUCUUGAGUCUGGUUGGCAAUCUUUUGGUUCUCGUAAUCCUGGGUCUGUACGAAAACCUCAAGUCUCUCACUAACAUCUUCAUCCUCAACAUGGCCCUGUCGGAUUUGUUGUUCACCGCGAGCCUGCCCAUUUGGGCGGUUUACGACAUGUGGGGAUGGAUUUUUGAGGAGGUCACCUGUAAAGCCAUCACUCUGAUUUUCUAUGCUGGGUUCUACAGCAGUAUGUUGUUCCUGACAAUUAUGACUAUUCACCGUUACCUUGCCGUGGUUCAUCCUCUGUUUGACCUUGGUACACAAAAGGGCUGCUAUGGGUUCAUGUCCUCCCUCACCAUUUGGAUUGUUAGCUUUGCUGCAGCAACACCAGCGCUGAUCUUUACAGAUGUCCAGUUGAACCCCCACACAAACGUGUGGCACUGUGAAUACGAGGAUGUCUGGUGGAAGGAAAUCGGUACCUACCAACAGAACUUAUUUUUUUUGUCUGCCUUUGCAGUGAUGGGUUUUUGUUACGUGAGGAUAUUGGGGAAAAUUCUCAAAUCAAGGACACACAUGAGGAAUAGAACUGUGAAGCUCAUUUUCAGUAUCGUGGCCGUAUUUUUCUUGGGUUGGACUCCAUAUAAUGUGAUUAUAUUUUUAAUUAAGAUGUCAGACUAUCUAGAUGUACUUUCUGAAUGUGAUGUCAGCACAAAUCUUGAUUAUGCGUUCUAUGUGUGUCGACUCAUUGCAUUUUCCCAUUGUUGUCUCAACCCUGUAUUCUAUGCAUUCCUUGGAGUGAAGUUCAGAAAUCAUUUGAAAGUAAUUUUGUCGAAAGUUGUCCAUCGGCAAAGGACAGAGGUUUUACAGAGCAGAACGGUUAACGUCUACUCAAUGGGAUCAAUGUACUGAGUGUACGUUUUCAGAAAGCGUGUCACACAAACAACAAACAAUUCUACAGAGCUUCGGGAAACAUUAAAAAAAACAUUGUAUUGGUCAAUUAAGUAGAUCACUUAAAGUCAAUAAAAUGCAUACAUUAGUGGU